AUGAUGAGAAUAGCCAUAGCAGGCUCUGGUGGGUUAGCCCAAAUAUUUGCUCAAUACCUCAAUGACACGGUCCAUCAAUUCAUCAUACUUUCUCGAGAAGACCAGCCUGCAUUGGUUUCGAACGGAUAUCAGGUCGCUGUCGUCGACUAUGACAGCCAAGAUGACCUCCGUUUUACCCUGAGAGGUAUUGAUCUUGUCUUAUCAACCGUCUCUGGUGUUCCUCAGAUCAACCUUAUCGAUGCUGCUGCCCACUCUGGCGUACGCAGAUUUGUUCCAGCAGAAUUUGAAGGACCACCUGCCCGAAGAACUGGAAAUGACCCUCUGGACCGUGGGAAGCGAGCUACAAUUGAUCGACUUCGAAACUGGUCUAACCACCCUCGUCACCGAAUGCACUUUACGAUAUUCUCCUGUGGUAUCUUCUACGAGCGGUUUGCUAACGGUGGGAUGGCUGCCCUUGAUAUCGGCACAUCGACUGGUAUCCAGAACGAAGGCUCGUACUUGAUGAACGCCCGCCAUGGAACUGCUGAGGUAGUCGAACGCACUACGUCUGGCCAGCCUGUCUACGUCUGUCUGACUUCGGUCUAUGAUGUAGGGAGAUUCGUCAUUGCAGCCCUUGACCUAGGUCUGCAAACUUGGCCAGGAGAGUUCAGGAUGUCCGGAGAGCGAAGGACGGUAACUGAAAUCUUGCAGUGGGCCGCAGCUGUUCGAGGAAGUAAGAACUAUAUCUUUAGCCUCAAGGAUAAUAUGCUGACUUGUACAGUGCAAAUGUUCUCGACGGAUGUCAUAGAGCCUCGGGACUUGGCUGCCCAUCUUCAGCACGCUACCUAUUACCAAGACUACGCGAGAGUGGCUCGAGUUCAAGAGUUGAUUGCGACCGAACAACGAAGGUACGACUUUGAGAAUCCGAACCUCAACCCACUUGUCAACGUGCAACCAAUCCCUUUUUGGAAUUGGUUGUCAGCUCAGUGGGGUGUCCCUCCAGCGCAAUAG